AAAAAACAAAAAAACUCGAUCCCGGGACCAAUUUUAAGACAAACAAAAAUGGUGUUGAACAGUCGACUGGUGGAGACGACGGUGAAUCUAUCGGCGGAUCUCUGGCAAUAUGUUGCCUGUAACCCGGAGAGACUUCCUCGCGCCACCGUGCUCAAUUUUAUCUUCUGCAUACCUCUCCUCCAACUCCGCCGCCUCGCUUCUUCUCUCGGAUCGUAUCUUUGCUUCGUUUCUGGCGCCGGAGUCGAUCGCCGUACUCAUUUCGAUUAAUUUCCCGGCGCAGUUUCGACGAAUCUUCUGUUAAAUUAUCGACUUUGAUUUUGUAAUUUUGCUUUUUGUUUUUGAUUGUAAUGUAAUUUGUCUGUUUGUUUGUAAACCGAAGACAUUAAAAUAUUAAUAACCAGAAUAAACCGGAAAUUUAUAAAAAGAAACAAAAUCAAACCGGGUUGUGGUUAACCAUUGUGUUGUGUCUGUCGUCAACGGAGAGAAAGGAGAGACGUGUAAGCAAAACAGAGAACAUCCGAAAGGUUCCGUUUUCGUGGGGGAAGAAGAUGAAGUCGCUAGUAGUGGCCCAUUUCUCAACGCCUUUAAUCACUUCUAGAUUCGUGUUCCCUUCAUGUCUUAAUCACCACCGAGCUUCAAAAAUCUCCGCCGUCUCUUUUCCCACCGUCCGCCGUCGAUUUCCUCCUCUCGCCAUGGCCUCAGCAGCUCAGUCUUCUUCUCAGGCUGUGUCUUCCGGGAGUGUCGACAGUGAUACAGAUGUUUUUAAAUUGAUUCAAGCUCACGAGGACAAGGCUGCUCGUCUUUCCCCAGUCGAAGAAAUCCGAACUGUGCUUAAUGGUAGCCUUUGCGGUAUGCUUUCCACUUUUUCUCAGAAGUAUGAGGGUUAUCCUUCAGGGUCAAUGGUUGAUUUUGCAUGUGAUGCUGAUGGUUCACCAAUUCUGGCAGUUAGUAGCUUGGCAGUUCAUACAAAGGAUCUUUUAGCUAAUCCAAAAUGCUCUCUACUAAUUGCUAGAGACCCUGAAGAUAGGACCGGUUUGAGAAUCACCCUACAUGGUGAUGCAGUGUUGGUUUCUGAAAAAGAUCAAGCAGCUGUUCGAUCUGCCUAUUUAGCCAAGCAUCCCACUGCUUUCUGGGUUGAUUUUGGGGACUUCAGCUUUAUGCGGAUCGAACCGAAAGUGGUCAGAUAUGUUUCAGGGGUUGCAACUGCUUUUCUAGGAUCUGGAGAAUUCAGCAAAGAGGAUUUCCAAGCAGCCAAAGUCGAUCCCAUAGCUCAAUAUGCAAAGCCUGUAACGUCUCACAUGAACACAGACCAUGAAGAGGAUACCAAAGCCAUUGUACACAAUAUAACAUCCAUACCUGUAGAGAGCGCCUUGAUGCUGGAUUUGGACAGCCUUGGUUUCAACGUUAAGGCUACUCUUCAAGGGAACACCUUCAACCUCCGAGUUCCGUUCCCAAGACGCGCACAAGACAGAAAGGAUGUGAAGACACUGAUUGUGGAAAUGCUUCAAGCUGCUAAGUCAGUUUCCAAUUAGUUAGCUAAAAAUAAAGAUGGAAAGAAGCUAUACCUUCUGAAUCCUGCUACAAUAAGAAAAGCUUCCUCCUUUACACAAUGCUUAUCUUAUCAUAAGUUGCAGAAUAACAUUCAUUUAAUCAUGUAUAUAUCUUAAAUAACAAGAGUAUAACUAAACUUAUACUUGUAAAAGUUAUAUAUAAUUUGUGAACGUAUAAUUAGAUCAAAUGACAAAAUUCGAAGUCUUGUUAUA